CACGCACCGCCCCCCACCUCCCUUUCCCGUGACAGCCUGAGUUCGAUUCCCAGCGAGCGCUCUUUUUUCCCCUCGAUCCACCCUGACACCCUCCCGCUCUCCAUGCCCCAGCUGCCGCCACCGCGGCGCCCAGCUCCACUCCCGCUCUCCGCCGCCGUCGCCCCUCUCUCCCUCGCUUGCUGCCACCAUCAGCCCGUGUCUCUCCCUCCGCGCUUUUCACCGCCGCAAGCCCCUGCUCAGAUCCUCCCCUAGCCCCGCUCGUCCCCCUCCUCAGAUCCACAAAGCUCCAUCCCAUCGACGCCUCCUUAGAUCCUCCGCAGGAGGUCAGCGAGCGGCCGCCCCGCAGGCGUUCCAAGGUGGGUCCGAGCGCCGCACAGGGGCUACACAGCGAGCGGCGGCUUGGCGCCGCCGGCGCGCUGCUCCGCCUCCGCGAGGCGCCGGCGGACGGGCCUCCGGUUCUUCGUCGGUGCGGAUUCCUCACAUGGUUGUUGUGCACGGGCAACUAGACGGGAUCUGAGUUCUUGACUGUUCUGGAGAUGAGAAGCCACGUUCCUGGAUGGGGUUCCUUUUUUUCUUCUUAUUCCUUCUUUUUCGUGGUUGCAAAUCUGUCCUUUUCAAAGCUUGUCCCCCAUUGCUGCUUGGAGUCCUGCCACUGCUCGGUCGGUAUAUGCAAAAAUGCACUCCUUACCCUCUCCCUUGUAAAACUGGUGAUACAGACUGUACAUGUUGUUUGCUGUCAUUGGUGUUUUUUUAAGAUUUAGAUCUGAGAAUUUUCAUGGUAUUUUCUGAGCAUAUGUGCAAGUCAGUUAUGAUGGUACUUCUAAUUUGAAGGUAUGUCCAUGCCCCCCACUGAUUUGUUUUUUGUUGUGACUGGUGCUAGGCAAGUAUUCAUGGCAAAGGAGAUGGAGACGAAGGAAAUCGUGGCAGUCAAGAAGAUCCGCAUGGACAACGAGCGAGAUGAUUUCCCUAUCACGGCCAUCAGGGAGAUUAAAAUCCUCAAGAAGCUGCAUCACCAGAACAUCGUCAAUCUCGAAAAGGUCGUCACCUCGCUAGGUGAAGUAAUAAAGUGUUCGGGUCAAUGCAUCAAGAGUCCGACGGAAGGGUAAAGUGUUGUUUUGCCACUGUUCGGGAACUGGCUCAUGGAGAUGACAGAGCAACAGAGCAAGAAGAAAGAAAAAAUGAAAAUAAAGAGGGCAAAGGCAUUAUAUAGGUGACUUGCGUAAAACUGCCUCAGAAGAUGUAUACAUAGUGAAGUACCAUUAUAUACUUGGGGGCUCUUUUCUGUACCAGCAUCGGCCUUUGACCUCAUGAUAACAAAAUGCUAUAAGCUAGCUGGCCCUCUUGGUUUAUUUUUUGAAUGCAUUUUUCUUCAUGUAGCUAUUUGAAUUUUUUUUAUAUAUAUGGAUUACAGACCAUAAUAUUUCUCCAAAAAUAGGUUGUCUAGGAGAACAAGCAUGAUGAAUAUGUAGGACCAAUAGAUGGUUCAAUGGUUGAACAUUAAAAUUCUUCAGCCAUCUAUUUCUGGGGUAAAAUUUGCAUUUGUGUGCUGCUAUUUGGUUCAUUGCUGAUUUCUUUUGUGCCCAGCUGAAUCAUGUUCACUUCAGGAAUGUUGUAACUAGCUCUAGCACAACCAACCAAUGACUUUGCGCUGAUAUAAAGAGAGGCAAUCCAUGUGAAGGAUAUUGAACAAUCAAAUUUGCAGGAGAAAAAAUCAGAGCUGAGUUAUGCUUUCGAAUGGAUGAUAUAACCACAAGGAACUAGCAAACACACAAGGUACUCGAGUGGCUUUUGCGUGAAGGGGUGGGGAAUUAGCAGCUCACAUCACUCUUUCACACUAUUGUCUAGUUUAACUUGUGUUGUAAUAUGAAUAGUGUUAGAAUUUGGUUAGACUAAAGUGUUAGACUUGUGGAUCAUGAUAGUUGUUCCUAAAUCCUGGUGGUCUUUAUCUUCUCUUUAGAUUGUUUUAUCAUGCUAGUGCACUUACUAAAUCAUAUAUCAUGUUGGUGUUGCUUCCACUUGAAGUCAAAAUAGGAGAGAUGCUGCCAAAAAUUCUUCUUGGGUUGAUAUAUGUUGGUGGUGGCAUCCCGGUUAGGGUUUGCUUAGGGGGGGUGGUGUUACAACUCCUAAGCUUGUAGCAAGCUAGGAUACUAGGAACCCUAUCCCCCGUAUUAUAUAAGGGUGGACAGGGACCCCCUCCGAAGCAAUCUACAACCUCAGAAAACACAAACCACCAAACAGGACGUACAAUGUUACGCAACUUGCUGCCGGGACCUAUUUAAAACUUUGUGUGGCUUGCACCUUGAGUUCAUGAUCUCAGUGACACCCGGCCUACAAAUCUACUAUCUCGGGGUAUCCCUCGGUGGGCUUGGUGUGGUAAAACACCGCACCGGCAUGCAGAGCUAGAGAAAGCCCGAAGUCACAACGAACCGAUGUCAUAGCAUAGAUUGGCUAGUCUACCCACAUACAAUAUAUAACUCAUGGAAAGUCAGUAGUCAGGACACGAUACAAUAUACUAUCAACGUAGCAUAAAGAUCAUACUAGUGAUAACUUAGCCGAGAAGAAGAAUUGUUUGAUGAGUUGCACAAAUAUAGAAUGAUAGCAACACUAUAGUAUGAGAGUAAGUAAAAAUUGAAGAAGUUGAUGUGGCUUUGGAUCUCAUCCUAUUUGGGUUGAGGUGUCGCAUGAAAACCGAUAAACUAUAUUAGGCAUCAAGGAGCAUGAAGUAAAGAUGCAUCAAGCUGUAGCAACGAUAUGUACAAGCUGUCUUGUUGCUUAUGAGCAAUGAUAGACAUGCAGACCAAUGCAUUAAAUUCUUGCGUCCGCCAACAACCACUUUAUGGGUGCAUUAAAUUCUUACAACUAGUAGCAACCACUAUGAGUGCAUUAAAUACUUAUGCAUGCCAACAACCCAACAACAAUUGUAUAUCAUCCAGCUCAUGAUCCAUGAUCGACAUGCAGACCGUUACAAAUGCAAUAAAUACUUGUGUCUACCAACCACCACUUUAUGGGCGCAUUAAAUUCUUACAACCGGAAGCCACUAGUAUAUGGAUGUACUUAAUAAUUGUAGCUGCCAACAAAUCCAACUGUUCCAUAAUGUCUUGCUCAUCAUAGGCCACGAUGGUAUACAUACUAGCACAUAUGCAUUAAAUACUUGCGUCUGCCAACUAACAUCACUUUAUGGGUGCGUUAAAUUCUUACAUCUGGCAACAACCACUAUAUAAAUGUACUAAAUACUUGCAGCUGUCAACAACCCACAACCACGUUAGAUAAUCAAAUAUAUUAAAAGACUCACUAUUAUAUAUUAUUAAACCGCACGUGCUGAUGCUUUCUAGCACGUGGCGUAUAGCCAACGAGCAACCUACAAUGUGGAACAUAGCAAAGAUGAAGCGUCCAUCUCCACAACAAGAUUUAAUUAGUCCAACUAGAAAUUAGAGCCUGCCAACUAUUCAGGAUAGAAAGCUAAGAGCUGUCAGCGUCCUGUAUAAAUACGGUGCCCAGAUGCCAGGUGAGAACACAGGACAACAUAGCAGCAAGUCUUAACUAGCUGUGGAACAAAUGGGUGUUCUUCUAUGCUUCGUGUCACUUCUGGUUGUUGUGGUCGGUGGAGGCCAGUGUGGAGCUUUGGUGACAGGAGCCAAAGGGACUACUGUGUUGUACUAUGCCUCUAUGUUAGAGCUAAACACAUACUGGCAGUCAGUGUUUCCCAAUAGGCCCAUACCAUCAGCCAUACUCACUCAUUUUAGUGCACCUUCUGGAACCGAGAAGAAAGAUCAGGAAAAGGAACACUACUGGACCAUAAAUUCUGAUCAGCUUACCAAAAGGGAUGCGAAGAUCUUCCAUAACUGGGCACACAGGGUAACUUCAGAGAAGCUGUUGUACCCAGAGAGCGCCUUCACUACGGGGUCCAAGAUCAACCUCUACAUCGACCGGGCGGCCGCCUUGCACAGCACUUUCCUUCAUCGUGAUGUUGCCGAUUCAAUCCCGAUGUCCACGGAGAACUUUACUGACAUCGCCACCAUGUCCUCGCCAGUGUCCGUCUCCAUGGCCCGUGAUAUGUGGUCCACGCUAAGCUCGUGUGAGCACCCCCGCGAGGUGGUGGGUGAGCAAAAGGCCUGCGCUACAUCCUUGGAGUCCAUGCACAAGUUCGUAGCAUCGGCACUAGGAACAAGCAGUAUCCAUGGCUUCUCCACAUCCCUUGAUGUGCCAGAGGAGGGCAUUGCCUCACCGUUGGACAUUUACAAGGUGGUGGCAGUGCGUGCUAUAACCGCCUAUGGAGCUAGCAAGGAAGCAUCCAACACUGUGACGUGCCACAGCAUGAGCUUCCCAUUCGCGUUGUUCUAUUGCCAUGCUGUCAACCCGACAAGGAUCUAUGAGGUCACGUUGAAGGUUGAGAACGGUGUUGUCUCUGCUACGCAGAGAAUGUCGCCGGUGGUCCGGGCACUAGUGGUAUGCCACGUGAACACUUCAGGGUUUGACCCCAAAUUGAAUUAUUGGGUGAAGCUUGGUCUCAAGCCAGGGCAAGCCUCGGUGUGUCACUUCCUUACCAGGGGUGAUGUCCUCUGGACACCUGCGUUAGUUGCUUGAGUAGUGGUAUGCUCGAUAUGAGCCUUGUUGUAUGUAGAAAAUAAGGAAAGCAAGGCUGAAAGCACCUUCAUGUGCGCCGAGCUGUACUGCCUAAUAUAUGUGAUCCCUAGCUCGAGUACUAUGCAUGCUCCAUCUGCCCAUGUGUGCUCAUCUACAAAUGUGUUAUCUUUAUUUAUUUUAUCGCAUGUUUGGUUCUAUUUACACUAACAUUUCCAACUUGCUAUCCAUGGUGGGCCCACUUGCAUGACACCGAGGCUUCUUGUGAUAUCCUGUCCCAAUCUCCCAAAGAGCACCAUAGUUUAAAGUACCCGCAUGCACAUAUAAAAGUUGUUAUUUAAAGACUUGAAGUCUACUCGGGGCAAGGGCACCUCGCUCAUAGCCUCGAAGCAGCCUGGAAGAUACUCUGGAAGACAUAAUAAAGAUGCAAUUCUGAAGAACUCGAAUAUGAUUCAAGAAGUACUCGGAAGCCUGGAGUACUCGGCUACGAGGAGCUCGAGGGUUUGUCAGAUCUAGAGUUGUGAAUUGCUAACAUGGUACGAAUCUUGCGAGAAUAAGGAUAUGGCAUGUCCUACACCUUAACAUGUUGUAAUGUAGUUGGAUACGAGUAGGACUAAUCGGUAUAGAAGGGAACUACCCGUACAGAGUACGGGUAGAACUCCGAAGCUUGUAGCAAGCUAGGAUACCUGGAACCCUAUCCCCCAGAGUAUAUAUAUAAGGGUGGACAGGGACCCCAUCCAAAGCAAUCUACAACCUCAGACAACACAAACCACAAAAUAUGAUGUUACUGAUCUCGGUGGCUUUGCAUCCUUCGAGUUCCUGAUUUCGGUGACACCCUGCCAACAAAUCUACCAUCUCGGGGUAUCCCUCGGCAUGCUCAGUGUGGUAAAACAUCACACUAACACAAAGAGCUAAAGAAAGACCAAAGGCACAAUGAACCGAUGUCGUAGCAUUGAUCAACUAGCCUACUCGCAUACAACAUAUAACUCAUGGAAGGCCAGGACACGACACAAUAUACUAUCAAGAUAGCAUAAAGAUCAUACUAGUGAUGACUUAGCCGAGAAGAUUUUUUUUUUGAAGAAUCGUACAAAUAUACAAUGAUGGAAAUAAUGUUGUAUAAGAGUAGGUAAAAAUUGAAGAAACUGGCGUGGCUUUGCAUCUCAUCCUAUUUGAGUUGAGGUUGUCGCAUCAUUAUGCAUCAACCAUGCUAGGCAUCAAGGAGAAUGAAGUAAAGAUGCAUCAAGCUAGAGCAAUGGCAUGUACAAGGUGUCUUUUGCUCAGGAGCCAUGAUAGACAUGCAGACCAAUGCAUUAAAUACUUGCGUCCGCAAACAGCCACCUUAUGGGUGCAUUAAAUUCUUACAACUAGUAGCAACCACUAUAAGAGUGUAUUAAAUACUUAUACCUGCCAACAACCCAACAACCAUUGUAUAUCAUCCUGCUCAUGAGCCAUGAUCGACAUGCAAACCAUUACAUAUGUAUUAUAUAUACUUGUGUCGACCAACCACUAAUUUAUGGAUGCAUUAAACUCUUACAACCAGAAGCCACCAGUAUACGAAUGUACUUAAUACUUGUAGCUGCCAACAAAUCCAGCAACUGUCAUAUAACGUCUUGCUCAUCAUAGGCCAUGAUGGUAUACAUACAUACAUAAAUACCAGCACAUAUGUGUUAAAUACUUGCCCCUGCCAACUAACAUUGCUUUAUGGGUGCAUUAAAUUCUUACAGCCGGCAAUAACCGCUAUAUAAAUGUACUAAACACCUGCAGCUGCCAACAACCCAACUAUCACGUCACAUAAUCUAAUAUACUAAGAGCACCCGCAACAGGUCGUUAUGAGCUCUCUACAAGAAAGCCACAUCAGCAUUUCCAAUUAAAGAAACGAGGAGAAAUCGUCGCUAUGUCUAGCGAGAGCCACUAGCACACGGUUCCACACGAGCAGGGCCCACCUAGGAGCCGGAGGCACAUGGAGAGAAGAACUAGUGGAGAGUUCAGGAGGAGGAAUAGAGGAUAAACCUAUAAACAAUUUCUGCCAAUAUGGGUCCCGCGUUAAUUUAGAGCAACUCUAGUAGAGUUGCUAAAUUUAGGUGAGCAAAUGCCUAUUUAGAAGCUCACUUCUAAAUUUUACUCACUCAAAUAUGGGGCUCCACUCCAGCAGGCUAAGUAAAUUGAGUUUCUAUUUUUUCAAGUGACAACUGGGCCCGACCUGUCAUUGGGGGUGAGGGGAGAAAUUUGGAAGGCCCAUAAUUUGCAGCCCAAAUAGAGGGCCACAAAAUUGGGGUUGGGUGGAUGAGAAAUUUGAAAGGACUACCAAAAUGACAGCUCAUUUGCUUCCUCUGCUGGAAAUUGAUUUUCGAUGUCCACCGACUAAAUCUUUAUAUGGCAGUCCAUUUGCUCUCCCUACUAGAGUUGCUAUUAGUAAACCGUGCUAAAGUAAAUUGCUGGACGUAUUAUCUACGAGACUUGCUGCAUCCUAGGUGGACACUAGUUAUAGCGAGUAGGUCACUUUAACUAUUGCCGGUGCCUAAAAAACUCACUAUUAUAUAUUAUUAAACCGCAUGUGUUGAUACUUCUAUUAUAUAUUGUUAAACCGACUCACUAUUAUAUAUUAUUAAACCGCACAUAUUAAUGCUUCUAUUAUAUAUUAUUAAACCGCACAUAUUGAUGCUUUCUAGCACAUGGCGUACAGCCAACGAGCAACCUACAAUGUGGAACAUAGCAAAGAUGAAGCGUUCAUCUCCUCGACGAUAUUUAAUUAGUCCAACCGGAAAUUAGAGCCCGCCGACUAUUCAAGAUAGGUAGCUAAAGAGCUGUCAGCGUCCAUUAUUUACCUAUAUAAAUAACUGUGCCCAAAUGCCUGGUGAGAACACAGAACAACAUAGUAGCAAGUCUUAACUAGCCGUGGAACAAAUGGGUGUUCUUCUAUGCUUCAUGUCACUUCUGUAUUGCAGGUUUGCUGUGGCCAGAGGAGGCCAGUGUGCAGCUUUGGUGACAGGAGCCAAAAGGACUAUAUCAAUGGUAUUAUACGGGCUUGACAGAGAUCCAAACUGCGCAGCCAACACAUAAAAAGAAGAAACAUCUGGUGUUGCUAAGAGGGCAUUAACAAGGGAAGUAUAAAUGAACAAACCUACCAAAAUCAAGGCAAGGCAUCAUGCAACAGUUUCCCCUCAGGUACAGCCAAAUCUUUG